UGUACGUAUUUGGUCAUUUCAGUUCCCUUCAGAGACCCGUGGACGGUACCCCUUAGCCGUUCAACCUUCCAUAAAUACCGAGAAAUCCCCGCAAACAACGGCCCUCGCUGCUUGAUGGAGUUGGAGAAAUUGCAGUCGCAGUUGAAAAGCCAACUUCAGCAACACCAGAUUCUUAUUCAUCAAAUUAAGACAGAUCCACAGAAUCCCGACCUUCAGAAAAAGUUACAGAGUCUUCAAGCUCAUAUCACAAGUUUAAGCGAACAACAGAGUCAUGUUGUGAAGCAGUUGAGGCAAGAAUUAAUGAACAAAGCAGAAUUUAGAGGAGAGGAAAAUAAUGUAAAAUCACCAUUAAGUGAUAACCAUUCAAACAACAUCACGUCACCUGACAAUAAGGAAGCAGUAUUUGCAUCAAGUAAACCUCUGGUCAAAAUAGAGCCAUCUGUUAAAAUGGAGAUGUCAAUCAAGACAGAACCACAGGAUAUUAAACCCUUUAAGAUUACAUCUCAGCAAAAGCCGCUGCCAAUCCAGCUUCCAAGAAUAAAGCCAAAACCACCACCCGUGGUUCUUGUCACUCCCCAGACUAUUGCUGGUGUACAGAUGGGCCCAAUGUUUUCUCCUGUCCAUCCUCAGUCAUCAAGGAAAGGUUCUGUCAACAUUCCCACACCUUAUCAACAGAAUAACAGAGCUCCUCAGAGUCCAUUCAGACAUGGGGGACGAACAUUCAGUACUCAACAUCUUCAGCCAAUACUGCCACGUCCCACUCCUCAAAGCAAUUCGUUACCAAUUCAGGACACUAGCAAACAAGCAAUAAAGACUAUUGAGCCCAAGAAAAUGGAGUUUAUGGCAGCUCUUGGUCUUAUUACACCACAGACAUUAAUUGAAAUUCAGCUCAAGAGACAAGAGCGAAAAAGAAGGAGUACUUGCAUUUCUCCACAGAAUGCACUAGAUAUAGACCCCGAGCCUAAACGAAUAAAGAAGAUAACAAUGUUACCAGUAAAAAGAGGCAGAGGCCGUCCUCCCAAGUUCAACAGUGCACCAAACUCGCCAAAACCUACUUCACCUGUCCCUAAUGGUUUUGCUGAAAAUGGGAAGCACAAAAAAUUUAAAUAUAAGCGUUUUGUUACCAUGGAUUCUCCAGUUGACGAGGAUGAUAAUCAUGAUGAAGUGUGUGCCAUUUGCAAAGAGAGCGGAGAAUUGCUGCUUUGUGACACUUGUAAUUUAGUUUAUCAUAUGAGCUGUCUUGAUCCUCCACUCUCCUCCGUUCCUCCUGGCAUGUGGCUUUGUCCCAAGUGUCGGGAGAGAGUCAAAGAGGAUGAACCCAUGCCUUGGCCUGGUACUUUAGCUGUUGUACAUUCUUACUUGGCUCACAAGACAGCAAAAGAAGAAGAAAAGAAUAAACUCCUCAAAAGAAGUGAAGAGUUGAAAGCAGAGAGAGUUGAACUAGAGGCCAAAGCGAAGCAGCUCAGUAAUGCAAUAAUGGAACAGAUGCAGGCCAAGAGUGAACUAUCAGCCAGCAACAAAUCAGCACAGAAUUCAGUUGAUAGAUUAAUUAAAUUUAUUGAAGUGGUUCAGAGUUUAUGACAAGAAUUAGGGUUUCUCUUGAAUUACCUUGAGAAUAUUUAUUGAAACCAUUGUUGUCAAAUUGGUUCGUUAAUGUUAAUUGUUUAUCAGAAGAUAUUUGCUACAAAAUGUCCGAUUGUAUGAACUAUUUUUUGGGUUGCGCAUAUGUUUCAGUGCGUUUUGUAAGCGUUGUAGAUAAUAAUAUACAUAAUUAACAGAGAAGAUUGUUGCGAUUUGUAAUAGAAAAGACAAGCACAGAUACUGUUGGCAAAAGUUAUAAAAGUGAAUAGUGAUAACUGGCA